AUGCUUCGAUCAAGAGUGGCACUCGCCCUUUUGGCUGCCACUGUCUGCAACACCGGAACACAAGCUAUCGACUGGACCUUUUGGAACGAUAAAGACGAUUCGGCCCCUUCACCCGCGUCGUCCAAUGCGUACACAGAGACCCUGUCUCCAGAGACCCUUGCGACUAUGGUGGGAUCCGACUAUCUGGACAAUGUCAAGGAGUUAAUUUACUCUGGAAAGGGAUCAGACUUGGAUUCGGCGUCGGGCUCGACUUCAGAGGCACCUGGUUCUACCGCUUCGUCCUCUUCUUCCAUGCUCGAUACGGACGAUGACUCUGCAUCGACUGCUCUGUCGUUAGCUGGAUCCUCUGCUUGGGACUUGGCAGUACCUUCAAUGGACGAGGUCGCGACUCCAUCAACCGCCGUUAACAUGUAUGAAUCGAUCUACCGCAACUGGGUGGGGCCUUGGAGGCAGUCCGAAGACCCCGCUUGCUACCGUGAGGCUCAUUUCAUGAAAAAGUGCCCAAGCAACUACGAUCGCAACGAACUGACAAACACAUGCUGGACGGAAUGCCCGAUGGGCUAUCCCGUGGAAUGUGGCAUGCAGUGCAUUUUGCAAAACAACGACUGCGGUCGUGAAAACGCUGCCAAGGUCUCAGCUGUGGCUAUGGCCACGCUAAGCAUGGCCUCCUUUGGUGUGUUCGGUCAACUCGCCAAGUACGGAAGAAAGGUGAGCUGGGCAGUGGCUUGUGCCAAUUAUCUCUUGGUCUUUGUCCGAGCUGUCAUCCGUUUCACGCGUAACCAAGUGGUCAACGAACCGGAGACGCCGAUGGAGAAGCUCCUGUUGCUGCUGUACCAGACGGGCUUCGUCGUUGCUGAUCUUCCGGCUACUAUCUACGCGUGCUCAGGCAAGCCUGUUCCGCCGAACCUUCAGCUAACACGCCAACUGUUGCCCACUGCUCAGUUACUCCUUCUAUUGACUGUCGCUUACGACGACGAAAUCAUCAGGAAUUGGGAAAAAUUCAAAGCUUUCAUGAAGAGAGCCAACUUUACGGAAGCAGCUGAACAACUUACGGAGGGCGAGAUCUCAAGUCUGGAAACGGGAAUGAAGCAGAACUCGACGUGCGGCGAUGACCUCAAGAUGUUGACCACUCAAGUUUGGAUGACAGUGGACGAGUAUCGUCAGAAGAACCCAAAGAUCAGUGAAGGUGAGCUCCGGCUUAAGUUGAGCGAGUCGGACCUCAUUCUGUACCAUAUCCCCACUGUGACCAACAAUUGCAUGCCGAAGAUGAUCUCUGAAUCUACGGUUGCCACCGCGUAUAAGACGCGUGAGACGCUCCGAAAGACGUACAGUUUAAUGAUCAAUGAUCUUAUCAAGUCAGGCAAAAGUGACAACGGCACAUCCAUGGCCGCAAAGCACAACGCCUAUACAUGGCUUCGUAAUGGUCUCUGGUUGGCUUCGUAUGCUUGGGACCCGACGGAUUUAUCGACUCUGUUCGCAGAAUUUCUUCAGACUAUCUGUGGUCCUACGCAGUUCAUGGGUGAAAUCGAUGAUGGCAAUGAGCUCGCCACUCUAGGAAUGAACGCACUUCACAAGGCCUUCAAGAACAGCACGCUCUCUUGGAAAAAGAAAGGUGAUGGUGCUGUUAUUGUUAACUUUAAGAGCAACGACACCAAGGACGUGACCAUUAAUAUCAAGUCUGGUGGUGACAAGGUUGGCAACGUCAAACUCAAAGCUGGGGGUACUGCCCAGUGGAGGUCGAAUGUUACAACACUUGGCGGCAAGACUCUGUACAUGGAUCGCUGGCGACCCGGUUUCCUUGGACUACCCGGUACGGGUGGUGGCUCCCUGGUGUUAUGGGUGCCCAUUUCGCGUCAGGGCGGCCAUUUGGAGAUCAAUGCUCAGCUCAACGUGAGCUAAAGAACUUAUUAACUAGAGUCUAUUUCUUGUUGUUAGUUUACAAUAGAAUUACUAGUAUAAAAUACUUCGAAGUAGAUCGACGUUUCAUCACA